GCCCGAAUUGUAUUUUCUCUUUCCACCACAGAAGUCCACAAUUCGUUCAUAGGACCUCGCUUUCUUGGACUCGUCGUAUUCUCAAAUACCACCUAAAACAUUAUGGGACGUUUACGCCGCUCAAGAGCUCAUCAUGCAAGAAGAGACGUUCACCGCGCAGCUCGCACACGAGUCAGGGGAAGGGAUUUAGAUCAGAUCCAACUCAUUGACUUGGACCCCAAAAACCGCGCCGCUCUAGAAGCUCAGCCAUUGGAUUACGAACGACCGGGUUUGGGUCAACACUACUGCGUUGAAUGCGCAAAAUACUAUGAAACCGAUGCCGCUCUCCAAUCACAUUGGAAGAGCAAGGUGCACAAGCGGCGGUGUAAAGCCUUGAAAGAACCAGCUUAUACAAUAGAGGAUGCGGAACGAGCAGCAGGGUUGGGAAAGGAAGGGAAGCGGCCAGCUUCGACCCUGAUUUCUGCGGAACCCAUGCCUAUAGACGAGAAUGUGGUUACUUGAGGCCUGUCAUUAACGAUGCAGGUUUUAUUAUCGUUAUUUGCUUCGGACUGGUGUACUUAUACUCGCUCUCGCUUUCUGUACUCGUUCAUAUCGAGCC